AUGAUACCUGAAUCUCCCUCAAGUAUCGAGGAAUAUCCGUCGCAGCCCCAGCGAAGCGACCUGGACAACGAGGAAAUCGUGGAUGUAAACGAGACACAACCACUCCUACAGAACUCGGAAGUAGAAAAAGAGAAGAGCACCUUCGCCUCGUUUACCGCUCGAGAAUGGGGAACUCUGGUGAUGCUCGCUUCAGCAAACUUAUGGUCGAUCGUUGCUUUCAGUUGUAUAGCGCCUUUCUAUCCAAUGGAGGCGAAGAAAAAAGGAUUAUCCGACUUUGAAAUUGGUCUCACUUUUGGAAUUUUUGAACUAAUAAUUUUUCUCGCAUCACCGAUUGCGGGUAAAUUGAUGCCUCGUUUUGGUCCAAAAAACCUCUUCACGAUUGGUCUCACGUCCACGGGUACAAUAGCAAUAUUGUUUGGAUUUAUUGAUCUGAUUCCAACAAGAAGAGAGUUUUUUGUUGCCAGUUUAAUUAUUCGAAUAUUAGAAGGAAUUGGAGAGGCAGCAUUUGUUACAUCAAGUUUCACUAUUAAUGCGAAUUGUUUUCCAGGAAUGCUAUCCACAAUCCUUGGGAUUCUUCAAACAUGUGGUGGUAUUGGAUUCUCGUUAGGACCAUUUCUCGGUGGAAUCCUGUAUGAUAUCGGAGGAUUUCGUCUACCAUUCUAUUCGCUUGGAAUAGCUAUGCUUUUAAUGGCGUUCCUUAGCAGAUUUCUUAUUCCUAAGGAUCAGGGAGAAAAAAGUCCAGAAACACAUGGUACCACCGGAUACCGAAAUCUCCUACGUAUUCCUACAGUAUGGUUGAUGAUGCUUGCCCUAUUCAACGUAGCAAUUUCAACAUCGUUCGUGAAUCCAGCAAUGGCAGGUCAUUUGGAAUCGUUUCAUCUAAGCGCACCAGUUAUUGGAUUACUAUUCCUACUGAGCGGAGUAUUUUACAGUGUAACAGCUCCGCUUAACGGUAUGUUAGUGGAUCGAUAUAAGUAUCAACUCGGCGGAAUGGUGAUCGCUCCGGUGGCGAUCAUAAUAUCCCUGUCAUUGAACGGUCCGUCACCGCUUUUACCCCUUACAAAAAGUUUACCACUUAUUAUCGUGGCGCAAAUUAUAUUUGGUUCUGGUCUUUCAACACUUCAAAUACCCACUUAUCGAAAUACGCUUGAAGCUGCGGAGAAAGCCGGUUUUCAGGAUGGAACUGCCACUUAUGGUCUGGUCUCUGGCCUUUUUGAAGCUGUUUUUUCUUUCGGAGCUUUUCUUGGACCAACAGUCGGUGGACUCAUUCAGCAGCAUUAUGGAUUCGCAUGGACAAUCACCGUUAUUGCCGCAUUUCAUUUAUGUUUCCUGAUGAUCUUCUCAAUAUUCUACGCAUAUAAGAAAUGCAAACGGAAAGCGGACGAGAGUUGUGCAUGA